AAUCCUAUAUAUAGCCCUCGCAAGGUUGAGUUUGAUCACAGAGCACCACACAAUCUAUCCAACAGACAAACAGAGAGGGGUACGUAUAACUUACACCAUGACUAGGAAAAAGGUGAAGAUGGCUUAUAUCCCGAGUGACAUGGCAAGGAAGGCGAGCUUCAGGAAGAGGAAGGGGGGCCUGAUGAAGAAGAUGGAAGAGCUCAACACUCUCUGUGAUGUCCAUGGCUUCUUGAUCAUUCAUGGUCCAGAGGACAAGGAGCCCACAGUUUGGCCAUCCCCGGCAGUGGCUGAAGAGCUGCUCGAGCGGUUCAUGAGCGUCUCCGACAUGGAGAGGGGCAGGAAGAUGAUGGACCACGAGCAUUACCUGAGGGAGAGGAUCACAAAAUCUCAGGAGCUGAUCGCGAAGCACGCAAGACGGAACAGGGAGCUGCAGGCCAUUCAUUUCAUGAACCGGAUCCAAUGGGACGGGGCACAACUCUCCGGCUUCAGCUCAGGAGAUCUCAACGAACUUGUUUGGUUGAUAGAUGAGAAGAGGAGGGAGGUUGCCAAGAGGAGGAACUUGUCGCAGUACGUUGCUGCAGCUUCAUCUUGUCCUCCUUCCCCACUUGAUCACUUGGUUCCUCCAUCCAGCCCGGAACUCGAAAUCUAUCUCCCUCAGGUCAGGUUUUCGGGAGAGGAUGAUGAGGAAGAUCUGCCUGAAUUCAAUGCAGGGCUGGAUAACUCGGACUCGGAGGCAUCUCGUCCUCCCACAUCGAGUUCAGGGAUGAGUACCCUCCAAGUUCCUCCUUCUGGUUCGAGAGUCGACACUGGGACAGGUCUGAUCAAUAGCCAUGAUGCCUUGAUGUGGGAGCAGUUUAUCUCAGGUUUAAUGAAUGAUCACCCAAUGACCCGAAACACAGCUCCUAACGCAAGGAAUCUGAUGGGAGCAGGAAUAUUGAGGGCCCCAACCACAGCUCCCAAUGUAUCCGGUUCCGAUCCUAAUGUGGUAUUGGCGGCGAAAAAUAUUGGUGUCCCAACCAGUGUUGCCCCUAAUAUGGCACCAGAUCAGGUAGACAUUGGGAUCAUUGAAGGCAGGGAGCAGAGCUUGGGCCUCCACAAUGGUAACAACAUGGGAGGAGGUGACGGUUUACACAACAUGGAGGUGGAGACCCGGGAAGAUGCCAGAGGAAUUCCUGACUCCCGAGGCAACGAGAGCGACUAUGCCUUUGUUCUGCAGGAUGACGAUACUGUAGGUGGAGAAAGCAUUCAGUCUCAUCAUCAGGUCGGGUCGGGAGAUCAAGCUGGGGGCGGAUAUGGAAUAGUGCUGCCUCAACCGAACUUCGAGCAUGAUAUCUACCCACAGAAUCCCCUCUUAAUGAGUCACUUUGACAUCAUGAACAGAGGCACAGGCGAUGGAGGCAGCCGCAGUGCAAGUGAUGUGGAGCCAACCAAGACUCCCGGGUUCAACACCGAUUGGCUGUUCUAUUCUUAGAGGUUCAUCAAAUGUCAGGAGUCGUCGUUGCGGGCUGUGUGUUGUACUAGGAAUAGUGCUCUAUAUCUCCUGUCCUAGCUUGUUAGAAUAAAUCUUUUGCUAUGUUUCGUGUUAAUUGGGAGCUGUGCGUUGUACUAGGAAAAGAGCUACGUCUUCUGUCCUAGCUUGUCACAGUAAAUCUUUUGCUAUGUUUCAUGAAUAAGAAUUCAGCAAGUGUUUUGGCUUUUCCUCUUCUUCUUCUUGUUUUUUUUUUUUCCCUCCCCGGUGAAAGGGGAGGCCUGAGGCCUAGUUAUAGAAGUUAAAAGUUCAAAAAUACAACGUCAGGAUAAGGAAGCCCCAGAUAAAUCACCAAGGAAUAGCGGGCAUACACCACCCGGGGGUGCAAAUGAAACUAAUUCCGUAGAAGAAGGCGCAAAGCCCAUCUUGCCCUCCCAUCGGCGUUAGAGUUCCCCUCUCAACGAUAACAUGCCACUCUUUGGUCAGGAUACGACGAAUGUCCCUCACCAAAGCAGAAGAGCUGGGCGGACAGUAGGUAAGGGCCGUGAGGCCCCUGGAUCAUUUUGCAGACCACCUCGGAGUCAAGCUCUAGAAAAACCUGCCUAAGGCCAAGAUCCCAAACAUGGUGAGACCGACCAAGACUCCCGCAAUUCAGCUA